UCUCUCCGCCACAUCUUCCACCACGGGACACACACAAACCCCACUCUGCACAAGCACAUCAAGCUCUCAGACUCCAGAUCCACCUUAUGGGUAGACUCAGAACUCGGACCAGAUCUAGGACCCAAGAUCGAGAUCACCAGACCUCUUGUUGCGCAAAGUAGACCUAUUGAGAUUGAGCGACUCGAGGACAGAAGACCAUCUGUUGUUGAGCCCUUGAUUGCUGCCGCGCAAGAAGGAUCGGAUGUCUGGGGCUCCUCUUUGUCGAUAAGGUGGACGCUGGAUACUGUUUCUGGACCAAAUAUAACGGACAAGGAUACCAUCUUGACUUUUGCUUACAUGGGAGCUAAUGCCUACGAACCGACGCCUAAUAAGGGCGAAUGGACGGAUGUAAAUGGAGGUUUCAACGAGACCAUCGGCUUUGGAUGGGAGAAGGAGGGUGUUCGAGGCUAUGUCUAUGCAAACGAAGACGACUCAACUAUCGUGAUCUCAUUCAAAGGAGGAAGUGCACGGUUCUGGGAUCCUUUCGAUACAGCUUGGACCGACAGGGAGAACGUCAAUAUGCUCUUUGGCUGCUGCUGUGGACAAGGCUCAUUGUUCUACCACCGGAAUUGCAACUGUGCUAGGGGCAAUACCUGCGAUACUUCCUGUGUAGGAAAAUGCUUGAGGCAAGAAGAGAAAUACUACGCUGCUGCUCAGCAAGUAUACUCCAACAUCACGGCUCUUUAUCCUGAUGCUCAGGUCUGGCUCACAGGCCAUUCGCUCGGAGGAACGAUGAGUUCCCUGCUUGGCCAUACUUAUGGCUUACCUGUCAUCACUUUCGAAACGCCAGGAGAUGCGUUGCCUGUUAGCAGGCUGGGACUUCCUGCCCCGCCUGGUUCGCGGAAUCCUCAAUCAAGGAACAAUACUGGGAUAUUCCAUUUCGGAAUCACUUCCGAUCCGAUAUUUACUGGGACGUGUACAGGGUUGCUUGCCACUUGCACUUUUGCUGGGUACUCGUUUGAGAGUAUGUGCCACACGGGAAAGAAGUGCGUGUACGAUGUGAUGAAGGAUCUUGGGUGGCAUAGCUCGAUAUUGAGUCAUGGGAUCACGUCUGUGAUUAAUGAUGUGCUGUUGAAGUAUGAUGUGGUGCCGGAAUGUGAGGCUGUUCCGGAGUGUGUGGAUUGUGUGGGUUGGAAAGAGGGGCCGAGUAUUACCUCGGCGUCUUCUGUGAUAUCGACGACUACUUCUACUUCCACUUGUAGGACCCCUGGGUGGUUUGGGUGUUGGGAUAAGACGACUUCUGCCACGGCUACUCCAACUUCAUGA